GCCAGAGAGGAUUACAACCACCCCAGGAUAUUCAAAAAAAAAUAACCAGGCGAAACUUUGCUAUUCUUUAUUCCUAUCUAUCCCUGUAUCACAAUACCCGGAGCGUGUGCAUGGACAAUCCACAGCACUACCAGCCGCUCUCCCAUGCACUCCAUCCCCCCGUAGUACCCACAUACGAGGAGGAGGAAGAGGAGGAGGAGAAUGAAGACGAGGGCGCCGUUGAAGAGCAGCUUGAUCGCGAAGACGACGAGCACGAGGUAGUCGCUGGAUCUGCACAACAAGCAAGCGCAACUGCUGCUGGAAAGCAGGGUGUUGGUAUGACACAACCUGACCCGCCACAAGACGCAGAACGGAAAAGACGCCCUGGUCGUCCACGUGGAUCGAAAAACAGACGAACACGGGCAUCAGUUACCGACUUGAAGGAGCCAGCUAAUGCUGCCUCCAAAACAUCUCCACCACAACACGGGUUCUACCAAUAUACAGCUUCCCCAGCUCCAGGAGAGAUAAUACAACCCCACAAUCAGCAAUACUAUGAGUUUCAGUGGCGCGUGCUAAACUUGUGCGCAGAGUUCUAUGGAGCAGCUGAAGAGCUUGUUAAAGCUACUCCUUCCCUCGUUAUUGCGCAAUGUUACCAAAUGGGCCCUGCCGUGAAAGUAGACCCCCUGGCCAUGCUAGGCGAAGCGAAAAGAAUAUGCGAUACCCUUUUGGCAUCUCCCUCUCGAUUAACCACACACCCUCCACCUCCACCGUACUUCGUACCUGCUUAUCAAGCUCCCAUUGCACCACCGCAACCUCAACCUCAACCCGGGCCAUCCACAUCCACUACAAAUGGCAAAUCUCCCGCCACUACAGGGCCAGUAAUUUCAGAUCCGCAAUCAUUUGUCGUUUCUCUGGGUCAUCAACAAGCAUACCCAUAUGCUCCUGCAUACCCAACUGCACCAUACUAUGGCUAUGGUGGAUACGGGGGUUACUAUCCUCCUGUGCCUGCGCCUGGGCCAAGUACAGCACCCACGACAGGCUCUGCGAGCGGAAGCACAGGAGGUGCUGCGGGAAGCGGUGGAAAUCAGGGUGCCUGGUCCGAAGAAGAGACGGAAAGGCUAAAGAAGCUCGCCGAGGAGCACCGCAAUGGUAACGGCGAGAUUGUAUGGGAUACCCUAUGCGAGAAGUGGGGCAACUCUCGAACGAGACAUCAAAUAUUGAUAAAAGCAACCUCGCUGGGUUUGAAAGAGUCCUCAUCACGAGGAAUGAAACGAAAACGGGAGACGGAUGGACAACUUGAGCGCCCUCCGCCUGCAGCUCCCACUCCGACAAGUACAGAUGCUCCCCAUCAUCAGACUCCAGCACCGAAUCCGGUUCCUACACCUGUUCCGCAAUCCGCACAGGGAGCGUCCGCCUCGCCAACACCCUCAACACCAGCACCAGGGUCCACUCACCCUUCUCCAGCCAUUCGACAUGCGCAAACGCAGCAGCAACAACAGCAAGUACAUCAACAGCCGCCACGAUCCCUCCCAUAUCCUAUGCCUACUGUUGCCGCUGCAACAUCGCCUGUUAUAUCCACAAACCCGAUGGAUCGGCCGGGAAGCGGAAGUUACUACCGCACACGACCAGCACCUGGGAUGAAACCUGCAUCUUCGGGAUCGACGCACCAGUUCAUGUAUCAGCCGAAUGGAGGGCGCAGAGAGGGUUGAUUGGCAUAUUUUUUUUAUCGAUUUAUCGCGUGGCCUGAGGUCCCUUGCUCGAUAAUUUGCUACCUUACUUUUUUGAUACCGAUACAGCUGUGCAGUGCAGUUACUAGUUUUCUACGUGUAGAUAUCGCGUAUAUGGUCGGUCGUGUUGUGCUUUUUGCAGGUUCUGUGUUCACCUGUCCAGAAUUUAUGGU